AUGUAAACACUUGUGUGUAGACGUUUGUCCUGGAAAUGCCAGAGUGUAAUAAUUUUCACCUGCGCUGCAAAUAUGACUGACGAAUUAGCGAAAGUUUGUAAUGCAGAAUUUAUUAAGUACAUAGAUACCCAAUAUUUGAAGGCUAAAGAUGACAUAAAUGUAUAUUUGGAAACGUUGGAGACCGGCGCGAAAAUUAAAAAAAGCGUCAGCUACUACUUGGAUCUGGAUGACAGAGUUGGAUAUUUUGGCAAAGAUGUUGAAACACAGACAGAGGAGACUGAUAUUUUGUCAAUAUCAAAGACACAAAGUUUUAUCAAAGACAUGUGCAAGGUGGCAGAAAAAUUAAGACAUGACAUGGAGCGCACUAAGCACAGCCUCGUUUUCAGCUAUCAAACUGAGCUACGAACAGCAGCAGUUGAUCUAUAUAGCAGAGUAAAUGAAAAAGUCUCUGAGAUUCAGGCAAAACAGGUUGAGCAAACAGAAACACUUCGGAGAGCAUACAAGCAACAGCUAGCUGAUGCUAUUGCAAAGUUCUCAGCAACAUGGAAGAAAUACUACGAAACACAGAUGUCGGGUGGGAAGCAGAAAUUAGAGUUGCAGUUGCAGCAGCUAAGAAAAGAUAAGAAGCACCUUCUUGGAACAAUCCACAAGAAAGAUGCAAUAAUUGAGAUGUUGCGAGAGCAGGCGCAGACCUUUGUCAGUGAGUCAACCUUGACUGAGAUGGGGGAAGAGGAAGAGGAGGAGGAAAAGGAAGACCAAAUAGAGGUGAAUCCUGAAUCACUCAUCUCAUCAGAAGACCUGCAAAAGUUAGAGGAGGAGGUGCGAAAAUGGAAAAAGGAUGCCCUUCACUUGCAGAGGGAGGUAAAGCAAAAGGAUGACACCAUAGAUGCAUUAAGAACGGAAUCUGAAACCCAAGAGAAACAAUUGGCUUCUGAGAGGAAGCUGUCGGAGCAGAUGGAGCAAGAAAUCCAAAGGCUGCAACAGUUGAUUGAGAGGGAAAAAGAAACUCAGCGAAAAAUGAUGGAGCUGCAGAUGCGAAAUAUUGAGAAAGAGAUGGAGAGCCAUAUGAUGAACACAAAGAAGGCACUGCAAGCCCAAGCAGCAAAGGAUCAUCAGGCACUAAAAGAUAUGGAGAGGCAGCGGCAAUUACUUGAUGACAAGGUGAAGAAGCAGGUGGAGGAUGCCCAGGAAAAGCAAAUUCCUGAAUCUGGUGGAACAGCUCAUGACUGGAAUCAGGCAAAACGUGUAAAGAAACUUUUAGAAGUAGAGAUUGAAAGGUUAAAAAGUGAGCUGAAGAAAACUAACUAUAAGUGGGAGAAGAAAUGUGCAAUUCUUCAGCAAAGUAUUCAUGCACUCAAGGAUGAAAGCUAUCUGCGUCAGAGUUUACACCGGCAGACUACGUCAAUACGUUAUGCCACAGUUGCAUAUGGCUAUUGUGAUAGUCCAUUAGGUAUUGUCCCUAGUCAACCACCUAUAAUUUCAUCAAAGAAACCAUUGCCUAAUAUUAGUAAGACAAGGUAUCCAGGUGACCACAUAUCAUGUGCGGACAAUAAUGUUGGUCCGUUUGUUACUGAUUCUGGUAGUAUCAGCAGUCUGGCCCUCACUAAAGGUGACCAAAUAAUGACAGAAGAGGAACUACAGGACCUGGGGGUGCCCCUGCUACCUUCUCCCCCCAUCCGCGAUCCUUAGUUUCACAGCUAUCGCAGGAAUCUCUAGUCGCAUUGAUGUUGACGGUUACUCUGGGAUGCAAAGCACGACUGAUGCCUGUGAACACGUUCUUUGCCAUGCUCCUUGCAAAAUUAUUGUGUCAAUAUCUU